GGUCCGUACCGGAAGAAGAAACAAUCCGUCCGCUGUCAUGGCGGUAAAGGAGAAUGUUUUGUAUCCGUCACUGCUGUUAUUACUUAUAUGUGUGGCUUUUUUACACUUAAUUAUAUGUCCCUUCACAAAAGUGGAGGAAAGCUUUAACCUGCAAGCGGCUCAUGAUCUUCUAUAUCACAGACUUGACUUUGACAAGUUUGACCAUCAUGAGUUCCCUGGUGUGGUGCCCCGAACAUUCAUCGGCCCCCUCUUUGUCUCCACCCUCUGCUCCCCCGUAGUCCUACUGUCGUCUCUGCUGGACACGCCCAAAUUCUACAGCCAGCUUAUGGUCCGAGCCGCCGUGGGAGUGUUGGUCAUCGGUGCGUUAUGGCAUAUGCAGCGAGAGGCGAGGAGGCAGUUUGGCUCGACGGUGGCGAUCCUUUUCUGUCUGACGUGCGCGUCACAGUUCCACCUGAUGUUCUACAGCACCAGGACACUUCCUAAUGUGUUUGCGUUACCGCUAGCACUAAUCGCAUUCACGUCUUGGAUGGCUCAAAAAUACGGCAGCUUUAUCGUCUCCUCUGCCUUCGUCAUCAUGGUGUUCCGGAGCGAGCUCUGCAUCUUCCUGGGUCUCAUGUUGCUCAUGUCGCUCCUGAGUAGGAAACUGGCUUUCUUAACACUUCUCCGCUACGCUGUUCCUGCUGGACUGCUAUCAUUAGCUCUAACAGUGGCCAUUGACACUUUCUUUUGGAGGAAACUUUUGUGGCCAGAAGGUGCAGUUUUAUGGUUCAAUGUCUUUCUCAACAAAAGUUCCACCUGGGGAACCUCCCCCUUUCUCUGGUAUUUCUACUCCGCGUUACCCCGUGCCUCCGGAUGCACGCUGCUGUUCGUCCCGCUCGGCCUCCUGGAUCGGAGGAUGAGGGUCCUGCUGCUGCCCACUGUCGCCUUUAUCCUCAUCUACUCGCUGUUGCCACAUAAAGAGCUACGAUUUAUCCUCUAUACUUUCCCUGUCUUCAAUUUGGUGGCUUCCCGAGGAUGCUCCUUUAUUUUGUGCAACUACAACAAAUCCUGGAUGUAUAAACUUGGAUCAGCUGUGGUGAUGGGUCAUCUAUUGAUGAAUGCCGCCUACUCCAGCAUGUGUCUCUACAUUUCCCACCACAAUUACCCAGGGGGCCGAGGAAUGCAGCAGCUGCACCGGCUGUUGCCCGCCACAGCAGAUGUGUCUGUUCACAUCGACACAUACGCUGCUCAAACUGGAACAUCUCGCUUCAUGGAGGAGCAUCCACACUGGAGAUACGACAAACGGGAGGAUUUGAACCCUACAAGUCCUGAAAUGAGAAUGUUCUCACACUUGCUGAUGGAGGCAAACGCCACAAAGAUUGAAAUGCUCCAAAACACCCACAGACCUCUGGUAUUUAUCGAAGGCUACUCCAGAAUCGCUCUCGACUUGUUUAGUUUCCCUCCUUUCAGGGUGAGACUGGAGAGGAAAAGCGUGCUCAUGCAGAGGACCACGUUUGUCUAAUUAAAGGGGGCUGUUUGCAACUUGCUAACCGAAAAAAUAUAACAAGAUAAUCGGCGGCUGGUUUAUGUCACUGUUAGUGGUUUAACAGAACAUAUAAAUCAGUGUAUACAUUUAAAAUGUAUAUAUUUUUCACAAUCACUCAAUUUUAUCAAAUAAAAAAACAAGUGUUUUCGCAGGUCGUUAAAUUAAUUUUGUAAAAAUUAAGGCCUUAAAGGCCAUUAAAAAGCAUUAAAUACAAUGUCAGACAAUUGCAAUUGGCAACAAAAUAAAUCACCUGACCCAGUUUUUCAAAUUUGGGAACAAAAUUAGAAUAAUAUACUGAUAUUUCUUGAUAGAGUCCAUUUAUUUUUAUGUUUGAUUACUUAUUUAGGAUAAUUGAUUUAUUCACUUCCAAUAAUAAAUGGUAGAAAAUAAUACACUCAUGAAAAAUGUGUUUAUUGCAUUUGAAAGGGUCAGUUAAGUGCACCAAAAAAAUAGAUUCACAUCCAUGAAUUACCAUGACUUGAUUAACGUGGACCCCGACUUAAACUAGUUAAAAAACUUAUUGGGGUGUUACCAUUUAGUGGUCAAUUGUACGGAAUAUGUACUGUACUCUGCAAUCUACUAAUAAAACUUUCAAUCAAUCCUAA